UACCUUCCUCACUCGGUAAUAAUUACUUUAUCCAUUAUAAAACCGGUAGUAGACGGAGAUAGACUCAACGCACACAUUCCCAUGGCAACCGGCGAAACUAUAGGGGAGAAAGAGAGAGUCUCCAUGGAAGUUCACGGGAAAGAAACUCACAGCCCAACCAUGGAUAACAAUCAUGAAGAUGCGCUAGAUGAAGAGCCUAACUACAGAGGAUGGAAAGCCAUGCCUUUUAUCAUAGGAAAUGAAACUUUUGAGAAGCUUGGAGCCAUUGGAACCUUAGCAAAUCUCUUGAUAUAUCUCACCACUGUCUUCAACAUGAAGAGCAUCACAGCAGCUACCAUUAUCAACAUCUUCAACGGUACCACCAACUUUGGUACUUUGCUUGGAGCCUAUCUUUGUGACACUUAUUUUGGUCGCUAUAAAACCUUGGGGUUUGCCACCAUUACAUCCUUUCUGGGUUUGCUUGUGAUUCAAUUAACGGCUGCAAUUUCUAAGCUUCAUCCUCCCCAGUGUGGAAAGGACAGCAGUACGUGCCAAGGGCCAACACCAGGUCAAAUGGCAUUUCUACUGACAGGGUUUGGACUCAUGGUAGUAGGAGCUGGUGGAGUCCGCCCAUGCAAUUUAGCAUUUGGAGCAGACCAAUUCAACCCAAAAACUGAAUCUGGAAAGAAGGGUAUUAAUAGCUUCUUCAAUUGGUACUUCUUCACGUUCACGUUCGCCCAGAUGAUAUCAGUCACACUAAUUGUUUACGUUCAAGCCAAUGUUAGCUGGGCAAUAGGCUUAGCAAUUCCAGCAAUUCUGAUGCUCAUAGCUUGUAUACUCUUCUUCUCGGGUUCAAAAAUUUAUGUCAAAGUGAAAGCUAAUGGCAGCCCACUGAACAGUGUAGCACAGGUUAUAGUAGUUGCGAUCAAAAAAAGACGAUUGAAGCCAGUAGAGCAACCUUGGUUAUCACUUUUCAAUUAUACUUCUCCCAAGUCUAUCAAUGCCAAGCUUCCUUACACAGAUCAAUUCAGAUUCCUUGACAAGGCAGCAAUUAGGACUCCUGAAGACAAAAUAAACCCUGACGGAUCAGCAGCUGAUCCAUGGAAACUUUGCAGUCUGCAGCAAGUGGAAGAAGUGAAAUGCCUCUUGAGAGUGUUUCCCAUUUGGGUAUCAGAUGUUAUAUUCUUUACAGCUAUAGUUCAGCAGCAAACAUACGCAGUAUUCCAAGCCGUUCAAAGCGAUAGGCGCCUUGGAAGCAGCAAUUUCAAAGUCCCAGCUGCGUCCUACGGUGUAUUCGUAAUGCUAAGUUUAACCAUUUUCAUACCAAUCUACGACAGAAUCCUGGUGCCAUUUCUCCAGAGGCUAACAGGAAAAGAAGGCGGCAUCACAGUUCUUCAAAGAAUUGGGAUUGGCAUAGCUUUAUCCUCUCUCACAAUGUUAGUCUCCGCCUUGGUUGAAGAGCAAAGAAGGACCACAGCUCUCACUAAGCCAACUCUUGGAACAGCACCAAGAAGGGGUGAAAUUUCAUCAAUGUCCAGUUUAUGGUUAAUUCCUCAGCUAGCACUGACAGGAUUAGCCGAAGCAUUCGGUUCCGUUGGCCUGGUUGAAUUCUACUACAAGCAAUUUCCUGAGAACAUGAGAAGCAUUGCAGGGUCUCUCUUCUUCUGUGGCAUGGCAGGAUCAAGUUAUUUAAGCAGUUUAUUGAUAACUAUAGUUCACAAAACAACAAAUUGGCUGCCGGAAGAUCUCAACAAAGGAAGAUUGAACUGCUACUAUUACAUUAUUGCUGCUCUUGGGGUCUUAAAUUUCGUCUACUUUUUAAUAUGUGCAAAGUGGUAUAAGUAUAAAGAAGGUAUGAGAGAUACAAUCGAAAUUAAUCAACAAGUAAAGCCGAUCAAGGCUUGAUAUUUUUAUUAGAAAGGCCUUAAAUAAGAGUCUCGUAAGUUUAAUUUUUUAUCA